UCAAAUCCUUUCGUACUAUUGCUCCGCCAUCCGAUCCUCGUCGGAUAUAACCAACUCCAACUCCCGGCCCAGCAAGAGAACAAAUACAAUGGCUCGCUCGUUCAACCUGAUUGUCGUGUUGGUUGUCGCUCUGUCGGUCGUCCAGGCCACCGUCAUCCGUGAGGAAGACGUCGCCCGACUUUUACCCGAAGGCCGGGCCAAUACCGUCAUCUCCGUCGUCACCACUACGGCCACCGGACCCACAACAGUCGUCAAAUCGACGAGAUUGGUCUGCGCCACUCUGGUUUCACCCAUUUCCACAACGGACUGUCGUCGUAAGAGACAAUUCUGGAAUGCUGCUCCGCUCUUCUUCGCUGUUGGCCAGGACGACGUCAACCAAUUCGACGGACUGAACCCAACUCAAGUCCUCCAAGUGGAGCCGUCCGUCCUGCCGGCUCCUGUCGAGUACCGCAACCGACCUGCUUUCAGGCCCAUCGCAUCGCAGCAAUUCAAUUCGCCGUUCGCCAUUCAGUCGUCGCUGAGCAACAAGGUCCAGCCGCUGGCUCUCCGCGUUGCCGAUCCGUUCUUCGGCGCUGCCCGCUUCUCCGCCUUUUCUUCGCUCUUCUCCAACAUCAUCUCGUCCAUUCUGACUCCGGCCGUCACUUCCACCAGCACCAAGACGGUGUACACCACAACGGUGACCAGCACUUCGUUCACGUCUACGGCUACCUACACCCUUGUAUCUGCUCAGUGUCUCCCAGCUGGAGUGAAAGUUUGCCCGGCAACUCCUACCACCCCUGCGCCCGCGACAACUAGCACGACUGGGGCGACCACUAGCACCACUACUGGUGGGUCAACUGCCACAAGUACCUCAACAGAAGCAUCCACAACAACUACUACACCUUCUGGUUCUGGCAAAUGA